CGGAGGCGGAGGCGUCCGAACAAAGCGCGCUUCCCCGGCACAGCAGCACAGCCGCCGCCGCCGCCGCCGGAGGAGGCGGAGCGGGAGGCUCCCCCAUGGCCGCGGCGCUCUUGGAGACGCUGAGCUUCCCUUCGCCGCCGGGGCAGCCCAGCCGGGCCGGCUAGGAGCAGGACGAGGAGGAGGAGGAGGAGGAGAAGGAGGAAGGGCCAGGGGCGCGGGGCGCUCCUGAGCCGGAGCGAGGAGGUGGGGGUGUCCCAGCUGGAGUUGCGGGGAGGAGGCGGCCAGGAAAGAGAAGGGGCGGCAGAGAGAUAAAGAGAGGGCUGCUCUUUUUUUGAGGGGGGGUGUCUUAAGCAAGAAAGAGAGGGGGGCAAGGCGGCGCUUUUUAUUUUUAUUUUUAUUUUUGCAGGCAGCCGAUUAAGCAAGGCGCGGUGGGGGGAGGAAACGCGCUGGAGUUGGGAAGAGUGGUUAGGUCUCCUUUGGGGAGGGGGAGUGGUCAGUUAGGUUGUGGGGCGGUGGAAUCCUGCUGAGUUUGUGGGAAGAAGGGAUACAGAAAAGCUCAGAACUGAGGUAGGUGGCAGAGGACUGGGAUAUCUGGGGAGGACAGGAAGAGUGAGGCCUUAAAAGGCGGAGAAAGCCCCCCUUUCGGAUUCCAGAGCUCAGACCUACCCCCCCCCACGCACUACUCUUGGGGUGCUUCCUGUUUUGGGGGAAGCUCUAGUGUGUGGCCAAGGGACAGAAAGAGAAGGCGUCCUGUUCUGGAGAUUUGAAAUUGAGGGGGUGUGUGUGUCUGUUUUGGGGGGCCCUGGGUGUGCUGAGGCAGGGGGUGGGGAAUGGCUGGCAGAAGCCGCCGCUCCUGGCUCAGCGUGUUGCUCGGUCUGGUGCUGGGCUUCAUCCUGGCUUCCCGGCUCAUCCUCCCUCGAGCCUCGGAGCUGAAGAGAGCAGGACAGCACCGGCGGAAGGCCAGCCUGGAAGGGUGCCGGACAAAGGCCAGUGCGGGGCUGCUGCACCGAGACUCCCGGGGGGCCUUGCUGUGGCAUCAGGACCCUGCCGAGCACCAAGGCGAGAUCCUGCCUGCCAAGAACUUCCUCUUCGUGGGGGUCAUGACGGCUCAGAAAUACCUGCAGAACCGAGCAGUGGCGGCUUACAGAACGUGGUCCAGCACCAUCCCUGGCAAGGUUGAGUUCUUCUCCAGCGAGGGCUCAGACACCUCUCUCCCCAUCCCCAUCGUGCCACUGCCUGGUGUGGAUGACUCUUACCCGCCCCAGAAGAAAUCGUUCAUGAUGCUCAAGUACAUGCAUGACCACUACUUGGACCAGUAUGAAUGGUUCAUGCGGGCAGACGACGAUGUUUACGUCAAGGGAGACAAGCUGGAGAACUUCCUUCGGAGCUUGAACAGCAGCGAGCCCCUCUUCCUUGGGCAGACGGGUCUGGGCACCACAGAAGAAAUGGGGAAGCUGGCCUUGGAGCCCGGGGAGAACUUCUGCAUGGGGGGCCCGGGCGUCAUCAUGAGCCGGGAAGUCCUGCGGAGGAUGGUCCCUCAUAUCGGGGAGUGCCUUCGAGAGAUGUACACGACCCACGAGGAUGUGGAGAUUGGGAGAUGUGUGCGGAGAUUCGCAGGAGUGCAGUGCGUCUGGUCUUACGAGAUGCAGCAGCUAUUUUACGAAAACUACGAGCAGAACAAAAAAGGUUACAUCAAAGACCUCCGUAAUAGCAAGAUCCACAGGGCGAUCACCUUGCACCCAAACAAGAGCCCCCCCUACCAAUACAGGCUCCAUAGCUACAUGCUUAGUCGCAAAAUAGCAGAGCUACGCUACCGGACCAUCCAGUUGCACCGAGAAAUUGUCCUCAUGAGCAAAUACAGCAGUAUGGAAGUCCACAGGGACGACCUUCAGCUGGGCAUCGCGCCUUCCUUCAUGCGGUUUCAGCCAAGGCAACGAGAGGAUGUUCUGGAGUGGGAGUUCCUCACAGGGAAGUACCUUUACUCCGCUGCAGAUGGGCAGCCACCUCGUCGCGGGAUGGACACCUCUCAGCGCGAGGCGUUGGAUGACAUUGUGAUGCAGGUCAUGGAGAUGAUCAAUGCCAACGCCAAGACCAGAGGGCGGAUCAUAGACUUCAAGGAGAUCCAGUAUGGCUAUCGCAGGGUGAAUCCUAUGUACGGGGCAGAAUACGUUCUCGAUUUACUGCUCUUGUACAAGAAGCACAAGGGGAAGAAAAUGACGGUUCCUGUCCGCAGGCAUGCAUACUUGCAACAGACCUUUAGCAAAGUCCAGUUUAUGGAGCACGAUGAGAUAGAUGCCAAAGAACUGGCCAAUAAGAUCAACCAGGAUUCAGGGUCUUUGUCAUUCCUCUCCAAUUCUCUCAAGAUGUUUGUCCCGUUCCAGCUGAGUAAGUCGAAAGCGGAGAAGAAGGAACCCAAAGACAAGAAGAUCAACAUCUUGAUUCCUUUAUCUGGGCGCUUUGACAUGUUUGCUCGCUUCAUGGCGAACUUUGAAAAGACCUGCCUCAUUCCUAAUCAGAACGUCAAAUUGGUUGUCCUGCUUUUCAAUUCGGACUCCAACCCUGACAAAGCAAGGCAGGUUGAACUGAUGAGGGAUUAUCGCCUGAAGUACCCCAAGGCAGACAUGCAGAUCUUGCCGGUGUCUGGUGAAUUUUCCCGGGCUCUGGCGCUAGAAGUUGGGUCCUCUCAGUUCAGCAACGAGUCCUUGCUGUUUUUCUGCGAUGUCGAUUUGGUGUUUACAGCAGACUUUCUCCAGCGGUGCAGAGCGAACACUGUUUUAGGGCAACAGAUUUAUUUCCCAGUCAUCUUUAGCCAGUACGAUCCAAAGAUUGUCUAUAGUGGAAAAGUUCCUAGUGAUAAUCACUUUGCCUUCACCCAGAAAACCGGCUUCUGGAGGAACUACGGCUUUGGGAUUGCCUGUAUUUACAAGGGUGAUCUUAUUCGAGCUGGUGGUUUUGAUGUCUCUAUCCAAGGUUGGGGUCUUGAGGAUGUCGACUUGUUCAACAAAGUUGUCCAGGCUGGCCUAAAGACUUUCCGGAGCCAAGAGGUUGGAGUUGUCCAUGUACACCAUCCUGUCUUUUGUGACCCCAACCUUGAUCCAAAACAGUAUAAAAUGUGCUUGGGCUCCAAAGCAUCAACUUAUGGGUCUACGCAACAGUUGGCUGAGCUGUGGCUUCAAAAAAAUGAGCCCAGCUUUGGGAAAAACAGCAUUGUUAAUGGUUCCCUGAGGACAGCCUAACAUCCAGCUAUGCUGGGAGAGGAAACAAAACAAAUGAACAAAAACUACCUAUUGCAUUUUUUUUAUUGCCCUAAUUUAUUUUUUUGGAAAACUUUUUGAUAGUUGAUUUUUUAAGAAAAAGACCGCACAAGGGUAUAUUUUAGAAACCAUCAUUUUCUUACAAGGACCUUCUGAGCGUUUUUC